AUGGCUGACCGGAGCGCGCCGAGCUGCCACCUGCGCCUCGAGUGGGUGUACGGCUACCGCGGGCACCAGUGCCGCAACAACCUCUACUACACGGCGGCCAAGGAGAUCGUCUACUUCGUGGCGGGCGUCGGCGUCGUCUACAGCCCCCGCGAGCACCGCCAGAAAUUCUACCUGGGCCACCAGGACGACAUCAUCAGCCUGGCUUUGCAUCCUGAGCGUGUGUUGGUGGCAACAGGUCAAGUUGGAAAAGAACCAUAUAUCUGUGUGUGGGACUCGUACACUGUGCAAACUGUAUCUGUUCUGAAAGAUGUUCACACACAUGGUAUAGCUUGCUUGGCUUUUGAUUUAGAUGGUCAGCGUUUGGUCUCAGUUGGUUUGGAUUCAAAAAAUACAGUAUGUGUAUGGGACUGGAGAAAAGGGAAGUUGUUAUCAAUGGCACCUGGUCAUACAGACAGGAUAUUUGAUAUUUCUUGGGAUUUGUACCAGCCAAACAAGCUUGUCAGCUGUGGUGUCAAACACAUCAAGUUCUGGAGCUUGUGUGGUAAUUCAUUGACACCAAAACGUGGUGUUUUUGGCAAAACUGGUGAUCUCCAAACUAUAUUGUGCCUCGCCUGUGCAAGAGAUGAAGUAACGUAUUCUGGUGCACUGAAUGGAGAUAUAUAUGUAUGGAAAGGAAUCAACCUUGUGCGGACAAUACAGGGAGCACACGCUGCAGGAAUCUUUAGCAUGAAUGCCUGUGAGGAAGGGUUUGCCACCGGUGGCAGGGAUGGCUGCGUUCGCUUGUGGGAUUUAAAUUUUAAACCAAUUACUGUGAUUGAUCUCAGGGAAACGGACCAAGGAUAUAAAGGUCUCUCUGUAAGAAGUGUGUGCUGGAGAGGAGACCAUAUACUAGUUGGGACACAAGACAGUGAAAUUUUUGAAAUUGUGGUGCAUGAACGUAAUAAGCCUUUCCUGAUAAUGCAGGGACACUGUGAAGGAGAGCUGUGGGCUUUGGCUGUUCAUCCUACAAAACCAUUAGCAAUGACUGGAAGUGAUGAUCGAUCAGUCAGAAUUUGGAGCUUAAUAGACCAUGCUCUGAUUGCCCGGUGCAAUAUGGAGGAACCGAUUCGCUGUGCAGCGGUCAGCACUGACGGAAUCCAUCUUGCCCUCGGCAUGAAGGACGGCUCCUUCACCGUGCUGCGAGUCAGAGAUAUGACUGAAGUUGUUCAUAUCAAGGACAGGAAAGAAGCUAUUCAUGAACUUAAAUACUCACCAGAUGGGAAUUUCCUGGCCGUUGGGUCUAAUGACAGCUCUGUGGAUAUAUAUGGUGUUGUUCAGAGAUACAAAAAAGUUGGGGAAUGUAUUGGAUCUUUAAGUUUCAUCACCCAUAUGGACUGGUCUUCAGACAGCAAGUAUUUACAAACCAAUGAUGGCAAUGGGAAAAGACUAUUUUACAGGAUGCCAAGUGGAAAAGAAGUAACAAACAGGGAAGAAUUAAAAGGCAUUCAGUGGGCAUCAUGGACCUGUGUUUCUGGCCUUGAAGUUAAUGGAAUCUGGCCCAAAUAUUCAGAUAUAAAUGAUAUAAAUUCUGUAGAUGCAAAUUUUAUUGGUCAAGUUUUGGUUACAGCUGAUGAUUAUGGAAUAGUAAAACUCUUUCGAUACCCAUGUCUAAGAAAAGGGGCAAAAUUUAAAAAAUAUCUUGGACAUUCUGCUCACGUGACAAAUGUCAGGUGGUCCCAUGAUCACCAGUGGGUUGUUUCUAUUGGAGGAGCUGAUCAUUCUGUCUUCCAGUGGAAAUAUGUACCUGACCGAAAGUUGAAGGACUCUCUUCAUAUAGCACCCCAAGAGAGUCUGGUUGAUUCUAAUAGUGAUGAGUCAGAUUCAGAUCAGUCUGAUGUUCCAGAGCUGGACUCUGAAAUUGAGCAAGAGACCCAGAUCACCUAUCGUCGACAGGUUUACAAAGAAGAUCUACCUCAACUUAAAGAGCAAUGCAAAGAAAAAAGAAAAAGUGCAGCUUCUAAGAGACGAGAGAGUGCUCCAGGGAACAGUAUAAGAUUGCAUUUUGUUCAUGGUUACAGAGGUUACGACUGUCGAAGCAACUUAUUUUACACCCAGACGGGUGAGAUCGUGUACCACGUCGCGGCCGUCGGCGUGGUGUACAACCGGCAGCAGAACACGCAACGCUUCUAUCUGGGCCAUGACGAUGACAUCCUCUGCCUUGCGAUUCAUCCCUUAAAGGACUACGUGGCCACAGGCCAGGUUGGUCGAGAUUCCUCAAUACACAUUUGGGAUACAGAAACAAUAAAACCACUGUCAGUAUUAAAGGGCUAUCACCAAUAUGGUGUUUGCGCUGUUGAUUUUUCAGCGGAUGGGAAACGCCUGGCUUCUGUUGGAAUAGAUGACAACCAUACUAUUGUACUCUGGGAUUGGAAGAAAGGAGAGAAACUUUCAGCAGUAAGGGGCAGUAAAGAUAAGAUUUUUGUUGUUAAGAUUAAUCCUUAUAUGCCUGAUAAAUUGAUUACAGUUGGAAUUAAGCACAUGAAAUUCUGGCGUAGAGCAGGAGGAGGACUCAUAGGGAGAAAGGGCUGCAUUGGGGCAAUGGGAAGAAGUGACACUAUGAUGUGUGCAGUGUAUGGCUGGACUGAAGAGAUGUCCUUCUCUGGGACUUCCACGGGGGAUGUGUGCAUUUGGAGAGACGUAUUUCUCAUAAAAACUGUCAAAGCACAUGAUGGUCCUGUGUUCAGCAUGCAUGCAUUAGAAAAAGGAUUUGUCACUGGUGGAAAGGAUGGGGUAGUAGCUCUCUGGGACGAUACCUUUGAGCGCUGUCUCAAAACCUACGCCAUCAAAAGGGCUGCUUUGGCGCCUGGGUCUAAAGGUCUCCUCUUAGAAGAUAAUCCUUCUAUACGUGCCAUAUCUUUAGGACAUGGUCAUAUUUUAGUGGGCACAAAGAAUGGUGAAAUAUUGGAGGUGGAUAAAAGUGGACCAAUAACACUGCUGGUUCAGGGUCACAUGGAGGGGGAAGUUUGGGGUCUAGCUACUCAUCCUCAUUUACCUAUUUGUGCCACUGUAAGUGAUGACAAAACCUUAAGAAUAUGGGAUUUAUCUCCUAGCCAUUGUAUGUUAGCUGUUCGCAAAUUGAAGAAGGGAGGCAGAUGUUGCUGCUUUUCUCCUGAUGGGAAGGGAUUGGCUGUAGGUCUCAAUGAUGGAAGUUUUUUGAUAGUUAAUGCAGAUACUCUAGAGGAUCUAGUCUCCUUUCACCACAGGAAAGAUGUUAUUUCAGAGAUCCGAUUUUCUCCUGGGGCUGGAAAGUACUUAGCUGUGGCAUCGUGUGACAACUUUGUAGAUAUUUAUAAUGUAAUGAGCAGUAAGCGAGUCGGAAUCUGCAAGGGAGCCUCUAGCUAUAUAACACACAUGGACUGGGAUGUAAGAGGUAAACUUUUACAAGUCAACACUGGUGCUAAAGAGCAGUUGUUUUUUGAAGCUCCUCGUGGAAAGAAACAGACAAUUCCUAGUUUGGAGGUAGAAAAGAUUGGCUGGGCAUCCUGGACAAGUGUUCUGGGCUCCUGUUGUGAAGGAAUUUGGCCAAUAAUCGGUGAAGUCACAGAUGUAACUUCUUCCUGCCUCACUAGUGAUAGUAAAGUGUUAGCUACAGGAGAUGAUUUUGGAUUUGUGAAACUGUUUCGGUACCCUGCUAAAGGAAAGUUUGGAAAAUUUAAGAGGUAUGUGGCCCACAGUACCCAUGUAACAAAUGUCCGUUGGACCUAUGAUGACAGUUUGUUGGUUACUGUUGGAGGAGCAGACACCUCUUUAAUGCUGUGGACUUAUGAGAUGGAAGGACAUCGGGAUAGCAGGCAGUGUGACAGUGAAGAGUCUGAUCUAGAUUCGGAAGAAGAUGGGGGCUAUGACAGUGAUGUGACAAGGGAAAAUGAAAUUAAUUACACCAUCAAAGCCUUAUCAACAAACAUUAGGCCAAUGUUUGGAAUUAAGCCUCAUCUGCAACAAAAGGAGCCAACAUUAGAUGAAAGACCACCAGUUAGUAGGGCAUUGCCACAGCCUGAGAAACUUCAGACAAAUAAUGUUGGGAAAAAGAAGAGACCUAUAGAGGACCUAAUUUUGGAGCUGGUAUUUGGGUACCGUGGCAAGGACUGCAGGAACAAUGUGCACUACUUGAAUGAUGGUGCUGAUGUAAUUUAUCAUACUGCAUCCAUUGGGAUCUUGUAUAAUGUGGCAACAGGCUCUCAGUCCUUUUACCAGGAACACAAUGACGAUAUUCUGUGCCUCACUGUAAAUCAGCAUCCCAAGUUUACCAACAUAGUGGCAACUGGCCAAGUAGGAGACUCAGCAGAUAUGUCAGCUACAGCCCCUUCCAUCCACGUGUGGGAUGCAAUGAACAAGCAGACGUUAUCGGUGCUGCGGUGCUACCAUUCGAAGGGCGUUUGCUCAGUCAGCUUCAGUGCCACUGGCAAACUGCUGCUCUCUGUAGGGCUGGAUCCUGAACAUACCAUUACCAUUUGGAAAUGGCAGGAAGGUGCCAAAAUUGCCAGCCGAGCUGGUCACAACCAGCGUAUAUUUGUAGCAGAAUUCAGACCAGACUCGGAUACGCAGUUUGUUUCCGUGGGAGUAAAGCACGUGAGGUUCUGGACCCUGGCUGGAAGAGCCCUUCUCAGUAAAAAAGGGCUGCUGAGUUCCAUAGAAGACGCCCGAAUGCAGACGAUGCUCUCUGUGGCUUUCGGAGCUAAUAACUUGACGUUUACAGGUACUAUCAGUGGAGAUGUUUGUGUUUGGAAAGAUCAUGUGUUGAUACGAAUUGUGGCCAAAGCUCACAAUGGACCUGUUUUCACAAUGUACACUACAUUAAGAGAUGGUUUGAUCGUUACUGGAGGCAAGGAAAGACCAUCAAAAGAAGGGGGAGCAGUUAAACUAUGGGAUCAAGAGUUGAAGCGAUGCCGAGCCUUCAGACUGGAGACAGGACAAAUGACUGACUGCGUUCGCUCUGUUUGCCGAGGCAAGGGAAAAAUUCUUGUUGGGACAAGGAAUGCUGAAAUAAUUGAAGUUGGAGAGAAAAAUGCUGCAUGUAACAUUCUCAUUAAUGGUCAUAUGGAUGGACCAAUCUGGGGCCUGGCAACGCAUCCUUCCAGAGACUUUUUCCUUUCUGCUGCAGAAGAUGGCACAGUAAGACUCUGGGAUAUUGCUGAAAAGAAGAUGCUGAACAAAGUCAGUUUAGGACACGCAGCUCGUACUGUUUGUUACAGCCCAGAAGGCGAUAUGGUAGCAAUUGGCAUGAAAAAUGGAGAAUUUAUCAUCUUACUUGUGAACUCUCUGAAAAUAUGGGGGAAGAAAAGGGACAGAAGAUCAGCUAUUCAGGAUAUCAGGUUUAGCCCAGAUUCUCGUUACUUAGCAGUGGGUUCCAGUGAGAAUGCAGUGGAUUUUUAUGAUCUGACAUUGGGUCCCACGCUAAAUCGAGUCAGCUACUGCAAAGAUAUCCCAAGCUUUGUGAUCCAGAUGGACUUCUCUGCAGAUAGCUCAUACCUUCAGGUCUCUACUGGGUCUUACAAAAGGCAAGUCUAUGAAGUGCCUUCAGGAAAGCAGCUUGUGGACCAGGCUGUGAUUGACAGAAUAACAUGGGCUACUUGGACCAGUGUUCUAGGAGACGAAGUAAUUGGAAUCUGGUCCCGACACGCUGAAAAAGCUGAUGUGAACUGUGCCUGUGUCUCUCAUUCGGGAAUCAACCUUGUCACGGGUGAUGAUUUUGGCAUGGUCAAACUGUUUGACUUUCCAUGUCCUGAAAAAUUUGCAAAACACAAACGAUUUUUAGGGCAUUCAGCCCAUUUGACCAAUAUCCGCUUUACAAGUGGAGAUAGAUAUGUUGUUAGUGCUGGAGGGGAUGACUGCAGCUUAUUUGUUUGGAAAUGUGUGCAUAUGCCUCACUGAGAGAGACGCGCCGACUUGCCAAGAGGACACUGCAUGGAGAGAGAGGCAUGAAACACCCAGGACUGCAAAGUGACAUUCUGCUGUGCCCUGCAUGCGUAAGAAAUGGUGCUCAUCCCAGACACAGAGCAAGCUGUCUCUGCAAGACAGUGUCUAGAGUCUGUCAGAAGGAUGGACUGUGACAAAUAUGCUGAGGCUCUUAGAUUUGCUUCAGUAUCGAAUAAUCCAUGUUUGCAUUUCACUCACUGCCAGGUGUUGAAACAGAAAUAUGUGGCUAAAGGGAGAAGUGAGUGGUGAACCAAUGUACAGUUUUCACAGUAAGAUCCUGGGUUUUUAAUCAAGAGAUAUUAUUUCUGAUCUAGUGCUGUACA